UUUGUAUGUCAGGAAUUAAUUUCCCAGUAGUUUUGAGUGUCCACUGUACUCCUGUAUUACGUUUACUCAUCAAUGCCGUAGUGUAGUUUACAAUCCUAUAGGUUGUAUUCAGUUUCUUACUAUUAUAAUGCUGUUGCAAGGAACUAACCCUUGUAUAUAUCCUUCCUUAUGAGAAUAAACAACUCCAGGUAGAAUUGCUGCAGUAGAAAGUCUGAGCAGUUUGUAAAGCUUCUGAUCCCUUUUGCCAGAUUGUCCUCCAGAGUUGCCAGUUCACUCUUCCACUGGCAUGGAUGAGCAUGCUAGGGUCUCGUGAAAAUUGUGAUUUAGUGUACAGAGACACAUGCACAAGAUAUGUAUAGUGAAUAAAACUGCUCUUUGAGUAGGUUGCAACAGGGAGACUCUUACGUUAUACAGAGUCUCAAGGUGAAGUCUUUUUUUCUCUCACUGAAGGCAUGGGGUCGAUUUCACCCUGUUCUGGCCAUGGGCAGCAGUGAUGGCCACAGCACAGCGCUGUGUCACCAGUGCACUGACCUCACGAGAGCAGGAGAGUGACAGCUUCUUUCUUUAUUUAGUGUCCUCACUGCUGCCUGUAACAUCUGGCAGGAUAGCAGGUUGGCAGUUUUGGGGGAAUGUUGUACAAAAAGUCAGGUCAUAACCUCUGAGGGUUUCUAUAAUUCAUAACUGACCAAGAAAGAUCCUUCUUUCUUCCUUUGCUCAUUCCUAUGCAUUUAUUAAACUAUUAUUUUGUACAACGCAGUAGUUAUGGAAGAGCAGAAAUGUUCCAUCUGUUCUCGCUCACCCUUUAUUUUUAUCUCGCCCUAACAUCUUCUGACAUUAUUAUUGGCUCAUAAAAGCAGUGAGGCUGAACUGCUCAACCUGUGCUUGGAAGAUGGGUUUUCCUUUUUUGUGACAAGAACAGUUGUAAGGCAUCCUUGCUUUGUCAGUUAUGGGGAGAACUGGGCUUUCUCCGUGAUUCUACGGUUAAUCUGCCGUUGCCUUGUCUUAGGAUAGCGGGAUAAAGGGCAUGUGGUCACAGAUCCAGUGGACUGAGGAGCUGACGGUCUUUCUACACGAUGGCAUGCUUAAGGGUCACUAUCAGCUGGUGUCUCCAAAAGCUCAACCCAUACAGUUGCGAGCCCUGCCCUUCAGUCUGUGUCCUCUGCUAUAAGAUGACAAAAAUAGCUUCAGAAACUUGAUUACUAGAUUUAUCUACUUACUUUCACUGACCUUGAAUCCUUCCCUCUGUAGGUGAGGGCCACAAAGCAGUAGGAAAACUUUGAGAAAGGAAGACCUGCUUACUCUCUCUGCAUUUCAUUCUGUAUUUUUUCCUUCUGUCUUUCAUGUAUGAACAUCUUGCCUUCUCAUUUAGAUAACUCCCUGAAGACAGUGGCAGGCUGUUUCCUCAUACUUUGCAAUUCUCAGAGGCUUUAACAGGCUUGGGCACCUCAGGCCUGGGGGCAGUUGACUGUGUAGGUCAGAGCCCUGAAGUAGGAGUUGUCCAUUCUGAAUUAGACCUGCUGUUGCCCAAAUGCCCGGCCUAGACAAGUUGCCCGACCUUCUCUGUAAACAAGGAGCUUGGAUGAAAUGCCUCACCUGUCUUUAAUUUCUGUACAUGUCCAGAAAGCUUGCUUUUCGAAUGGGCCUUGAAGGACUUAUUUUCUGAAGAGACAUGGAAACGAAGACCAAGUGUGUGUUGCUAUUCAACCUGAUAUAGCAUUUGAAUAUACCACUGAGUUUUAGGGCAAAAAAGUCCCCAAGCUCCAUUUCCUGUGUCAAUAGUCAGAUCAUGAGCAAAGCCAAUUCUGGAUUUUAUCAGUGGUGAUGAUUCUCUCAAUAACUCUAUCAUAAAACUGAGAACACAGGAAUUCCCCGGAAAACAAAUCCAUGACAUUGGUUUUGGUUCAUAUUUUCCUCUUUUGUCUUUUUUAUUGGAGUAAAUGCAUUUCAUUUCUUAAAACAAGAUGAAUCUUUAUUCUAGACCUGUUGCUUCCAAGGCCUAUUGCGGCAUUUCUAAAUCUACAGAAUCUUAUUAAGAUCUUGACUUUCUUUCUCAGGAUGCUCUUGUUACCCAUGAAAAUGACAAGUACAUAAUUAAAACUAUUGAGCAGAAGAAAAGAUUCUCAUAAGUUCCAUGCUCAUUAAGUUCUUUCAACCCCCCAAUUUUUGUGUAAAGGGAGUGUAAGUGCACCAUUAAGCAUGGGACAUUGGUGUGCCUUAGACUUGUAUUACCUCUCAUAAAUGUUGAUUUUUAGUCCUCAGGACUACAGCAAUAUGCUAGAUAUGUUUAAAUGUUUGUAGCUGCAUUUAUGUCUCCUCAGAAUAAUUACAUACCAACCUCCUGGUCUUUUCCCAGAAUCUGUGUCAAGCUUUGUGCGAAUUUAAAAUGUCUUUGUCUUUACUCUCUAGUUGGUAUCUGGCUUUUGCUCCCCCUCUUUUCCCUCAGCAGGGGAUGUUUCAGAAUGAUGGCUCUGAAUGAAGCUUAGAUCUGCUUUUAAAGUGAAGUGGAUGUCCCAUCUCCAAGCAAGAAGAAACCCAGGGCAGCUGAAGUACCUGCCUUACUUUCUAGAUUAUUUCUUUCUUAAUAGUGUCCUAGUUUCAGAGUGAGCUCAGGAAUACAAAUCAUCAGACAUGCAGGCCCCUGACAUUGUUCUCUGGCAGAUGAGGGAAAUUGGAGGAACAGUGGAUAACUGCAGUUAGAGCAAAAACAUUCUUCUUGCAAAAGCUUGAAAGGGCCUUGGCAUCAGAACGAUUCCCUAUUGUUCUCCUCUAGUGGAAAUAUAGGUUUCAGCUUAAGCAUUUCAGCCUGUGUUCAAUUCUUUAGUUACGAGGAAGUUCUGGGAAUUGAGGCCAACAGAAAAGAGCUGUAUUAUCUGUGAUACCACUUCACUGCCACUAUGUACCAUGAUUCCUAACCCAGCAUCUGAUUUGGGCCUCAUUUGGUAUAGCUCUGGGACCAGCCUUGCCACUUUAAUAGCCCGAAGUUGCAGGUCAGCUAAUGGCCUUGUUGAAAUUAUAAAAUCACCAAGAAUUUUUAAAGGCUGAGAUUUUAUUUUAAAUCAUGGUGGGAUAAGGGGAUUGCUUACAAAUUUUCUCAUUAAUUCAGAGGUUUAAAGAACUGGCUUUAAAAAACAGAAAACAAUGCAAAGAAAGAAGGUUAUUUAAUUGUGCUGGGUGAAUACACCUUUCCAUGAAGGAACGCAGUAGCCCUUUCCCGAGGGCGUUUAUUUCUGGCAUUGUGGGAUGACUAUACUAUACAACUUGAGAAUGGGCAGUGGCCCUCUAUGAAUUUUUGUCCUCCUUGGAAGACUCGGGCGUCUUUUCCUGGCUUUCUUCUCAUGUGAUGUUGACUCUCAGGUUCAGUCUAGCUGAAGUCUAGGGACUGUAUUUGGUAUGAGUGUGACCCCCACCUCACCUGCGUUUUCUGCCUCUGAAUCAAGUGGGUCUACUUGCUGACUUAUAUCCAAGCUCUAGAGCUAUUGACUGCCACCAAAAGGGGCUUUAGAAAUUCAGUUUCUUUACCCUCAGGCAUGUUAGAGGGCCUCAAAUCAAGCUCCAAAACCACCUGCCCUACACCAAACAGCAAAGGUGCCCGUGCUCUGAUUCCCUUGGCCCUCUGGAAGUUCAUGGGGCACAGGUGUUGGCAGUAAUCUUGGCACCGGAAGGGUGCAGGCAAUUUGUUCAGCUGAUGGUAAAUGCUUCUGGCUGCUGCUUUGGAGCCUCUCCUUGGGCCCACACUGUGCAUGUGUUUGUGCUGUGAAGUGUCUACAAGGACCAAACUUCCUGGUGAGCUUUCCCUAGAAGAGGCCCAGGACCCCUUCCUGGUCAGCAUCCACAUCAUCGCAGACCCAGGCCAGGCCCAGCCGCUGCAGGAGGCCAUUGACAAGGUCUUGGCAUGGAUCCACCCUGAGCUCCCACUGUUCCGAGUGUCUGAGAGGCGAGUGGGCCGGAGACGGAAGAAGACCCCCAGAGGCGCACAGCCGGCCCUGGCUGUGGUGCUGUUCCUGCAGGAGGAGUACGGGGAGGAGCAGAUCCUCCAGCUGCACCGCACGCUGCAGCGCCCGCCCUGGCGCCACCACCACACAGAGCGUGUGAAUGGCCGGUUCCUGCCCUACCUGCCCUUCAGCCAGGACUUCUUCACCCUGGCGCCCGGGACACCGCUGUGGGCCAUCCGGCCUGUGCACUAUGGCAAGGAGAUCGUGCGCUUCACCAUCUACUGCCGGCACAACAGCUAUGCAGACAGCCUUCGUUUCUACGAGCUGAUCCUGCGCCGGAGCCCGAGUCAGAAGAAGGUGGACUUCUGCAUCUUCCCCAUUUUCUCCAAUCUGGAUGUGGACAUCCAGUUCUCCCUGAAAAGACUGCCCUGUGACCAGAGCCCGGUGCCCACCGACUCCUCCGUGCUGGAGUUUCGAGUAAAGGACAUUGGGGAGCUGGUGCCUCUCCUGCCCAACCCCUGCAGCCCCAUCAGUGAGGGACGCUGGCAGACAGAGGACCACGACGGCAACAAGAUCCUUCUGCAGGCACAGAAGGUACACAAAAGGUUCCCCAGGCCCGGCAGGGCACACCACUCCACUGAGAAGCAGCCUCAUUCUAUCCCUUCACCGAGUGCCACCGCACUGAGCCACACCCCGAGCAGCGGCCAGCCAGUGCUGUGUGACAGCUCGUUCCUGGGCCCCGGCCAGCUGGACUCGCCUUCUGGACACCAGCAGGAAUGUGCUACACAAGCCAGAAGCACCCCAAGCCCUCCCUGGUCUUUCCCGAGAAGCAAGUCCUUAUUUUGUUUGCCCACAGUGGGCUCCACCCCGGUCUCCUGCACUGAACCACAGCGGUCUUCAAACCCGGAUCCCAUGGGCCAGAGGGCAUCUGAACAUAGGCAUGACCAUCUCCUUUCCAUUGAUGACUUAGAAGGGGCUCAGGAGACAGAUGUGGACACAGGCUUGCGGCUGUCCUCCUCAGACCUCUCUGUGGUCUCUGCAUAUUCUGCACCCAGUCAGUUCUGUGGCCCAGGAGAGAAGGCUCGUCCCCCUGAAGGAUACAUCAGCCACUGGUCAUCAUACAAGGGUCCCAAAGAAGGACCACUGCCCACUGGCAGUGGGGUAAGCACAGAGGCUUCCUGGGCUUCUCUCCCUUUUCUAACUAAAGGAUCUUGCCGUUCCUUGCUGAUGGCUGUCUCUACUCCUGCUCCCCAAGCUUCCAGGGCCUCCUCCCUCUCAGAGUCAUCCCCAGAGGUCCCUUGUGCUACUCCCAAGGCCACACAGACCAGUCCAGAUGUGCCACCACCUGCAGCAUUGGCCGAUCAUGGGGAUAAUGACGUGGAGGAGUUCUACAUCUGAACAUUGCUUGCUUUCUGAACACGUUCAGACACAGACUCAGGUCCCUCCAGCCUUCUGCCCUCUGAACACACCGGCAUAUUUAGUUCUCAGCUCCAGGAUGGCCUGGAACUUCAUUAUCUUUUCAGGGGGAUCAUUCGCACAUUUGCCAUGCCACUGCUCUCAGCUGAGAGGUGGACUAUUUCUAGGGACUCAGUGAAACCACUAACAUUUUAUGCAAAUAAACUAUCAACAAAUUUAAAUCAGGAAAUAUAUUUUUAAAUACUCAUCUUGAGACAUGGUUUACUGCCCUUAUGCAAUUUAAAUGCUUCCUAUAAUUAUUUGAAAUGAAAAGAAAACCCAGUCAGCCAGAGCUGAUUUGGCAAUUUUCAUGCUAUGAGAAAAAAAUAGUUAAAGCCAAAAUGUGGGAAAGAUACUAAGUGACUGGCAUGAUAAAAUAGUGCACAAUGACAGAAUUACCCCCUAUCAGGUUCUCCAGAUACUCAUACAUUUACAUUAUCAGGGGACAGUGGCCCCAGGGAUUUUCAAAACCAGGUGCUAAGAAGCUGUCAGAAUACCUCAGACUGCAGAGCAUCUUACGUUGAAUCCACUGACAUCUGAAAAUCUAGAUUUAUGCAGAAGUGGCUAAUGUGCUUUGUAAAGAUUUGGUGUAAGAGAUUCCUGGUACACAAAACAUAUGUGGAGUUCCAAAAUCUAAAUUCAUAUACAUGUUUCAGUAACACAUUCCUAUAAUCAAUGAAGAGCUACAGAUGACAACUCCACCCUCUGAACUAAUUUGAGUCACUGAAGAGAAUUCAUUCUUUGGAGUUACAGAAUGUGAUAGUAGGCAUAGUGGGUAGAGAGGCUUAAGAUAUUUUACCUUUGAAAAGCACAAUCUAAGGGCUGCAUAUGUCUCUGUAUAUAAGUGAUAGGAGUCAGAUUUUAUACUGCUUUCUUCAGUAAAUGCACAGCCACGCAUCCUGUGGUUUUCAUUUUGAAGUGACUUGGAACAUUUUAGCUGGCAUUUUGAUUGCACAAAUGAACAAAUGUCUCCUUUUCCCAAAAUGGGAAACCAAAAAAAAAAAAAAUGCUCUCCUGAAUAAACACAGGUGCACUGCUAGCCUGCCCUGAAUGCACAGGAGCCUUAAGUAAAGCUCGUGACCUUGGCACUCCCAGUCUUGUCUGCUUUUGUCACAGUGUCACUGAAAUCCCCCCUAAGGGUAUGUUUACAAUGCCAUCCUCAGCCAUGUCAAGUACUAGCAUCAGGGCCAAUGCCAGGCUGUCCCUGAAUACUGUUUGUCUCUGGGGAAGAACAUAGGUCUGCGUUGUUCAUCUCCCAGCCCAGUGCUCCCUGUCUAGACCACACGUGGCCCGGUUUUCAUUACUCUGGAAGGGCCCACACCAGCUCAGACACAGCCCCAGAGUCCUUCCCCACCGGGGCCUCCCCAGCCUCAGGUCUGCCAUCCUUGUAAUGAGAGCCUUAGAUCCUACAUCCCACAUCCUGGACUUCCCAAGACUUGGGAUUGUAAUGUUCUGCUCCAAUGACAAGAUGGUCUUUUCUACUUCUGUUCUUGGAGUAACAAGUUUUCCUGGAAAGGGCUAUAUAAUAUCUUAAAUGUUGUCAGUCAUGUUUUAAACUUUUUCAGUCUCUGUUGCAACUGCUGCCAUUGUAGCAUGAACAAUAAAGUGUAAAUGAAUGAGCA